GCUUGGAGUCUGCGAAUUCCACUUGCGGAAUCGCACAUUCCUGUUUGGUUUUGCGGGACCCUGCCGUCUCCGCGCAGGAUUUACACCGCUUUGUUUCGGAUUGUGGCUACUUUAUUGUUAGUGGAAAUCUCGCUCCGAAUCACGGGCUCGCUGGUUUGUGUCUGUCUUCACUUUCUUGUAUCGUCUAGUAAUAAUUCAGCAUCGCCGACGGAGGUGGAACUUAAGGACUACCUGAACUCGCAACAUGUUGAGUUUUUGGCGGCGGACCCUCGGGCGCCAGUCGAUUCGCAAACACGCUGAAAAGGAGCGUCUGCGGGAGGCACAGAGAGCCUCCACUCACAUCCCCGCAGCAGGUGAAGCCAAGUCCAUCAUCACCUGCCGAGUGUCCCUGCUGGACGGGACGGACGUCAGCGUGGACCUGCCGAAAAAAGCCAAAGGAGAGGAGCUGUUUGAGCAGAUCAUGUACCACCUGGAUUUAAUAGAGAAAGACUAUUUUGGGCUCCGCUUUAUGGAUUCUGCUCAAGUUCCACACUGGCUGGACAAUACGAAGAGCAUCAAGAAGCAAGUGAAGAUCGGACCGCCGUACUGCCUCCACCUCCGUGUGAAGUUCUAUUCAUCGGAGCCCAAUAACCUACAUGAGGAGCUCACCAGGUACCUAUUUGUGCUGCAGCUAAAGCAAGAUAUUCUCAGUGGAAAGUUGGAAUGUCCCUUCGACACAGCAGUACAGUUGGCAGCCUUUUCCUUGCAGGCCGAGCUUGGUGACUGUGAUCCUGCGGAGCAGGGCCCUGAGCUGGUGUCAGAAUUCCGCUUCAUUCCCGAGCAGACAGAGGACAUGGAGCUGUCAAUCUAUGAGAAGUGGAAGGAGUGCAGAGGUCAGAUGCCAGCCCAGGCUGAAAUUAACUACCUAAACAAAGCAAAAUGGCUGGAGAUGUAUGGAGUGGACAUGCACACUGUGAAGGCCAGAGAUGGGAACGAGUACAGGUUGGGGCUGACCCCCACUGGAGUGCUGGUGUUUGAGGGAGAGACCAAGAUAGGCCUGUUCUUUUGGCCCAAGAUAACCCGGCUGGAUUUCAGGAAGCACAAGCUCACGCUCGUGGUGGUUGAGGAUGAUGAGCAGGUAAUGCAGGAAGCUGAGCAGGGGAAAGAGCAGGAGCACACGUUCGUGUUCCGCAUGGAUCAUCCCAAGGCUUGCAAGCACCUGUGGAAGUGUGCCGUGGAGCACCAUGCCUUCUUCCGGCUGAGGGGUCCAGUCCAGAAAGGCAUGACCCGGUCCAGCUUCAUUCGCAUGGGGUCCCGCUUCAGAUACAGUGGCAAAACGGAGUACCAGACAACGAAGGACAACAAAGCGCGGCGAUCAGCUUCAUUCGAGCGCAGGCCCAGCAGACGCUACUCCAGGAGGGAGAUGCAGCUCAGAGGUACACAGCCCUCGAACCGGGAGCACGCCAGCACUGUGAAUAACGAGCAGGUCAGAGCACAUCAUGGGAGCAGAAAUCAAGAUGCAAAAGCACAGAACCAUGUCUUUAACCAGAACAAUGGUGCAAAGGUGCUGAACAAGCGCCCCACCCUGCCCGUCGUCACUGCAGUGCCUGCCACGCCCAUCCCACUGGAGAUUGAGACCCUCCCCCGGAGCCCUGGAACCAGCCAAUCAGAGAAGAUGAGCUUGCCCCUGAUUGCUGAUUUGCUAGACAGUCCGGACCUGUUGGAGACUCGCAUUGACGAGGUCAUUCAGGUGCCCGUUACCGUGACAACGGCAGACAUGCCUGAAGAGGUGGGCCCCAGAAUGGCUGCUUCGGGGUCCAGUGAAAACACAGAAGAGAAUGUGGCUUCGACUGCGUAUGAAGAUUCUGCAGUGCGAAGGAAGCUGUUGGAGAUCGAGAGCAUUGCUGUGUCUGCUCCUCCCAGAUCCAAUAUCAAUGUCAAUAUGAACAAUCGGGAGGAGGUGGUGAAGCUGACAGAGAAGUCCCUGAACAAUGUGACCAGCAGCCCCGCCGUGGCUCUGAAUCGCCCCCCGGAGGAGCUGAAGAGCAACAUCCUGAAAGCACAGGCCGAGGCAGCCUUGAAGGUAACGAGAGAGGACACUGUGGUGACGGGGGACAAAAACUGCAACCUUCAGGAAGCAGUGUCCAGGAGUAUGGUUCUGUUCGGAAGGACAGGGAGCAGCUCUGUCUCCCCACCACCAGUACCAGUGAGACCGGAGCAGAAGGACUCCAGGGACCUUUUCAGGACCACGGCCGUGCCCAGUGAUGAAGUCCAGCCUGUGAUCCUGUCCGAAGAUCACCUUUCUCCUGCCACAGCUUUCUCUGCAGAACCAGACAAGGAUGCAAAGAGUGAAACAGAGGAACUGGACAGGCUGAUGUUGUCUCUGACUGAGAAUCUGAUCGAUUUUACUGAUGCCACGCCAGUGACCAAGCCAGUAAUGACUCCCAGGUGGAUUGUGCCAGCAAGUACAAGUGGAGUGUUUACCAAUGGUCUUGUAGAAAGUGAUGCCAUUCCCCCUGCUGCUGCCGCUGCCACCACAGAAAGAGUGCAGCUGAAUCCGGAGUCUCUCGGCCUGCCUGCGCCAUCAUCAGCGCGUCAGAGGCCUGCAGGGAUUGCUACAAGCAUCGUGAAUGAGGACGUGACGAAGCCCAAGCGCAUGCUGACCACGGAACUCUGAGGAGGACACCCCCUUUCUCUCUUGGAUGAUUCCUCCACAUGCUGUCUCUCUCCUGUGAACAAAACUCAAACCAAGCUGGAGUACACCACCACAACUGGAAUAUUAUAUUCUAAGGAUUUUUUUUUUUUUUUUUUUUUUUUUUUUAAAGAUUUUAUCUACUUGAGGAAAUGUUGAGCUACCAAUACCAGCAGUGGAGGGACAAAUGAUCCCUAUUUUGUAAGCUACUUGACCCAGACAGGGCUCCGGCGAUUGUGGGAGAGGGGCAGGGGUACACUUUGUCUUCAGGCCUGCCUGAAAGCUUUGAUCUUAACCCUCAUUCACAUUCCUUGACGUGUCUCAGUGAUCUUAACCCUCAUUCACAUUCCUCGACGUGUCUCAGAGCUGCAGUUUCAAGUAGAUUCUAGAAGGUUAUUUUAUUUAUUUAUUGUUGUUACAUUUAAUUUUUUAGGUGUGCUGUAUAGUUCUCUAGUCUAUAUUGGUAAUGGCAGUAGAUUUGAUCCCAGCCAUGUAAUGAUGUUUGCAUGUACUGCGGUUCUUCCCCUGUAAGAAACAAUGACCUCUUUCAGUUACACAGCAGCAAGAGAGACCAGGGACACCAUGAUGAGACGGGUGUGAGUGUUCCAGAACUCCUAUUGAGUGCUCACGGGUAGUUUAUACAGGUGCUGGUAUGUGAGGCGUCUAUCAGAAAUGAGGGGUGUUAUGAAGCUACUGUAAGAACUUGAUGUGUCUGAAUGAGGUAUUGUCUGGCACCUAAAGACAUAUUAACUGUUUGGGGGAUUGUUGCUAAUUUCACUGAAUUUAAGGUGUAGUUUAGUGAACUCUGAUCAGAUUGCCUCUGAUUUAGAAAUGUUUACCGAGCUUCAGUCAUUCCAAAUGUCUCGGUUUUAGUAAUCUGGGAUACAGGUGCAGUGUGUGUUUUAAAAACAGUAACCUUCAGGUAAGAACCCAGUGAUUUGGACAGAAGGCUUGCUCUUGGCAGUUAUUGAAUAGUUGUGUUUUUUUUUUUUUGUGUGUGUGUUAGUUUUACAUGUGAUUCUAGUGAACACCUUUUAACAGCAGCAGUGCCAUUGUGCUUCAAUGUGCUGAUGUGAAUGUACAUUUCCAUACUGCUGUAACAUGGUGAUUUAUUAUGUGCACACUGUAUGAGGUGACGAAACGACGUGGACCUUACACCAUUUAUGGGGCAGUCAUUAUAAAUACUUGACCUUGUGUUCUUCUAAAUGAUGCUUCUCAAACCGAGAAGUGAGUCUCUCUCUCAAGAACCUUUCAUGCUGAGCAUUCUCUCUUGUAUUGUUGAUUUAUUGGUGAAUACACAGUUAGUGUAGUUAUACCUCUUGAGGUACACAAGGAAUCGAGCGCUUGUUUAAAUGCUUUCUGUAUAAGAUGAAUUUAAGUGACUCGUAUCAAGAGGAAUUGACCGUUUGGAUGACCAGAUCCAAGCUGUCGGCACAUUUUAAACCCUGUUUCGUGCAUCUCAUUGCAAAAUAAAGUCAGCAUCAUUUUUAUUUGUGGGACGCAUAGCCCUUGUACCUUUUAAAGGGUUAAGGUCUGCCUAAUAAGUAUCGCAGGGUGUAAAAGUAUAGAAAUGUUUUUGAUUUAGUCUUAUAUAAAUGUAUAAAUCUACUGUAUCCACUGAAGUGCAUAUCGUACCAAACAGCUGCACUGUGCACGCAGGCUUAUAGCGCUGGCUUCCUAUGCAAGUGCAAUUCGCUGUAGUUCUUGAGCUGUGAUUUUUAUUAUUUUUAUAGAAGUACUCUUUUCCCUUUGUAUAUUUCACAGUGUAGCGUAGAUGUAAAAACCUGUUUUGGAAGGCACGGCACUGAUUUCUAUAUUUCAUAUGUACAUUGGUAAAGAUUUUUGUAGUGCACUAGGAAGCUAUUUUGUAUAAUGUAGCCAUUCUCUUGAAAUAAUUAAAAUAAAAUGUACUGAACUUG